CCCAUACGCACGCAAAGAGAGCAGUCCGCUGACGAAACGGAGGCGGGUGAUUGGUCCGGCGAGUGCGUAGCUUCCACCGCACUAAGCUACAGCUUUAUGAAUGGAGUAUAGAUCGGGUUGAUGAUAAGGGACUUUAUAGGACGCGUUCGUGGGACCACGGUCCACAUUCGCCUUAGCAGGUGCGUGAUCGACGCUUGAAGAAAGAAACAGUGCUGCCUGCCAGGAGAAAGCGAUCCAAGAUGGCGUCAGCGAGGUCCCUGAUGUCGCUGGCACGCUGGGCCGUCGGCUCGUCGGCCCCGAGGGUACGACAAGCGGGGACGACCAACCUCCAGCUGACUCGACACUUUCAGCAGAAACGCACGGCUGUGGCUCAAGCCCGGAAGCAGGAAGCGUCGCUGAGCGUCAGCCAGGCCAUGCCCACAAGCAGCCAUACAGUCAAGGUCAUCUUCAGCGACGACCAAGCCUGCGAGCUCAACUACAUUUGGCUUCGGGACAACUGCACGUGUCCCCAGUGCAUUCAUCCGCAGAGCAAGCAGAAGCUGGUGGACACAGCGGCGCUCGAUUUCAACGUGCGUCCUGUCAGCAUGGAGGCGAGCGCCGACGGAACCCUAGAGGUGUCCUGGGGUGACUCCAAAGGGACGCACAACUCCAGCUACGACCCGCUCUGGUUGUACAAGCAUGGCCGAAGCUACAUGCUUGACUCGGACAACAAGGAUGAUCCGCGGGCGGCGUUGCCCCCUCAAGAGCUGUGGGACCGGGUGUCCAUCUGGAAGGGCAUGCCAGAGGUGUCCUACAAGGAGUUUAUGAGCACCGACGACGGACUCUACCGAUGGCUGGACCUCAUGCACAAGUACGGCGUCGUCGUGCUUCGGGGCGUCCCGUGCGAGAAGGACGAGAUCCUGAACGCCGUGAAGCGGGUGGCGUACGUCAAGUCCACGAUCUGGGGCGACACCUUCGACGUGAUCUGCGAGCCCGUGCAGAACGACCCGUCGCACCUGGCCUACACCGGAAUGUACCUGGAGCACCACACCGACAUGAACUACAGGGAGAAGUCCCCGGGCUUGCAGAUGUUACACUGUCUCAAGGCCAUGGACAUUCAAAACGGGGAGGACUUUGGGGGCAAGUCCUUCUUUGUGGACGGCUUCAUGGUGGCCAACUGGAUGAGGGAAAAUAACCCCGCGGCCUUCCACAUCCUCGCGUCCACGCCUGUCCAGUUCAGCAUCGCGUCACACAAUAUGCGCUACAGCCAGAUGAGCCCCAUCAUCUGCGUCGGCAAGGACGGCAGCGUGGAAGAGAUCCACUACAACAACCGCACCCUGGCCCCCAUCCAGGCCCCGGCUCACCUGGUGGCGCCUUUUUACCACGCGCUCAAGGAGUUCGCCAACAAGAUGCGGGAUCCGGGCUCGGAGCUCUCCUUCCACAUGGUCCCGGGAGACCUGGUGGCCUUCAACAACCGCCGCGUCCUGCACGGCAGGACCAGCUUCGACUCCACCAAAGUGAUGAGGCACCUUCAGGGCUGCUACGCCGACAUCGACGAGGUAUUCACGCGCUACCGGGCCAUGCACAGCCAGAGGACCAAGUGACGGAGCUUACCAAAGUCGCCCUGCUAACUUAUUACGACCAGAGUCCCCAAAGAUGGAAGUCUUCUACCUCGACACCAGAGCGCUGCGCAAAGGACGCGCAGUACCUGGCGCUAUUCAGUUGCCAGCUUUCUCUUAUUUCUUUCAUUUUCAUUCCUGCCUGCCACCUGGUACACAUCCCCCCGUCUCCAGAAGGCAGAGGCAGUGUAUACUUGACUGUCCCCACUUUGUACGUGCCCAGCGAGUAGCCGUGUGCACAAUGGGGUGUUUCGAAUAAAUUGAUCAAGUCUUUCUGCUC